AUGCAGGCCUUUCUUCCGCGCAUAUCCCCGGCCAGAUCCCACCCCAAGCCGGACACGUCAUCCCAUGGGUGUGAUUUUAUCUCCUCUCUUUCUUUCUCCUCCUCUCUUCCCUUCUCCUCCUCUCUUCCCUUCUCCUCCUCUCUUCCCUUCUCCUCCUCUUUUCCCUUCUCCCCCUCUCUUCCUUUCUCCUCCGUGCUCUCCUCUUCACCUUCCUCCCAAGCAAGACAUGCCCCCCCCAACGUGGGAACGCCGCCCCAAGCAAGACACACCGCUGAGGCUGAGCUGGCACGCUCGGACGUGACAACUGCUGACGUGGCACGGGUGCGGCUGGAAGGCGUGUUUGCAGCGUUCGAGGAGGAGCCAGUUUGGUCUUCAUCCAUUACCCAGGUCAGCAGCGGAGGAUGA